AUGGCCGCCUUCUUCGCCGGCUGCGACGAGUUGGCCAAGACUCUGUUGGAAGCACUGGCUGUCGGUUUGGGUAUGCCCAGAGACUUCCUGUCCAAGGCCCACACCGGUGAAAGUUGUCGCAUGCGACUCAUCAACUAUCCCCCGGUGUCCCAGCUCUCGUUCCCUGAAUCCGCGCCGCCGCCAGCGUCGCCGAAGCCUGAUGACAUCCGCGCGGGGGCGCACUCUGACUACGGCUCGCUUACGCUGCUCUUCCGCCAGGCGUCCGACCAAGGGGGGUUGCAGGUGCAACGGCACAGCGCAUGGACAGAUGUGCCGUGCCUUCCCGACGCUAUUGUGGUUAACAUCGGGGAUGCGCUCGAGUUCUGGACUGCGGGGAGGUUGCGGUCGACGGUGCAUCGGGUGGCGUUUCCGAGGUCUGCGAGUGAGAAUGUGGGCCGGCUGAGUAUACCUGUUUUCAUACAGCCUGACCGCCAUGUGCUGUUGGAACCGAUCAAGGGUAAGGGACAGCCAGUCACGGAUGAGAGCGUCAUCGACCCGGAGUUCUUGGAUGUUCUGAAGAGAAAAGGGUACGAGAGCGCCAAGCCCGUCACGAGCUGGGAACAUCUCGAGAGGAGGAUAAGGGCGACAUACGGAAAGACAUGA